ACAAUAGUUACGUUUUGAUUAUUUGACAGGGGUAGAAACAAUAAAAAUGAAGUGACACGGGGGGCGUGAAGACAGAGUGACAUAUCCACUGAUAACUUUCGACAAGAAACGAUGUGUUUGCUGGCGAUUAAAAUGGAUUUGAUUAUUCGACAAAGUUCCUUUGUUUGUUAAAUAGAUUGUUAUUUAGUGAAGCAGUUACAAAUCUUGCCUAACGGCCGUUACUGUUUAAGCGAGGCUUGCUUUAUAUCGUGAGAAAAAUGUUUUUUUAAUGUUCCUCAUAUAAUCAGCUGGUGUCCUUUGAGAAUCCCAAUAUUCUGAAAACCCAGUUGAGGGCACUUUCCAAUAAAAAAGUUUAUCUGCGAACAUGGAGGGUACGAAUGAACAACUACAAACAAAAUAUCAAAAAAUUGCUACGGAAUAUUCAAAGAUACGCGCGCAAGCAAACGUUUUAAAAAAAGCAGUGAUAGAUGAGCAGACACGUAAUUCGAACCUGCAGGAGCAGUUGAAGGAAAAGGCAGUACAAACACGUCGCGCAGAGCAGGAGCUGGACAGCUUAACGUUCCGUAAUCAACAGCUAACCAAGCGAGUCACUGUAUUACAGGAAGAGCUAGAUGAAGUUCAAAAUAGAGGUAAAAAAAACCGUAGCAAGUCAUCAGAAAAAAAGUAUGCACCGUUUCCACUACCAGUACCAAACCACAUCUUGGAUGAAGAAUUCCAAAAAAAAAUCAUGGAGAAUGCUCAACUUGUUUCGCAAUUAAGCGAUAAAGAAACAGAGAUUAUAAGCCUCAAUGAAAGAAUAGAUCAUCUUCAGUUCAAAUUAGAUCAAUGUGAAAGAAGUAAAGUUGACUCGGAGAGCAAGCAUCGUGCUGCUUAUGCCAAGCUUGAAAAGGAACGUAAUGAUAUACAGAGAAAAUUAAGCGAAAAGAAGUUUGCCCCAAGUUAUGAAGAGAAUCUGUCUGGGCAACAAAAUGGGGAUAAGGAAUCUUUACAUGGAGUUUUGGGGCAAAUUCCAAAUGACUGUGAAACUGAGGAUUCAGACUCUGGGUAUGGCGUUCACCGGAUUCACCAGCCAGAUUCAAAACCUUCCACAACCCCUUCCCCUCAGAGACUUUUACAACAAUGUCAUGAACCCAGGGGAUCCGAAAAGUCGGUGUCACAGGAAGAAUCAAACGAAGAGUUCGAAAUCAACAGAGUUUUUGAGCUGGAAAAAGAACUCAGCUUCUGGAAAGCUGAGUACAAUGUGCUCAAGAUCAAAUAUGAUCAGUUGAAGGAAAUCGAGAAGACCAAUCCCAGUCAGAUCGAAAACAGCAACACCGAAACGGUAGAAAUAACCAACAUGCUUGGAAGGCUCAGAUCGCCGUUUGCGGUUCCUGAGGAAAUAGAGGCUCGAGAGUCAAAAAUUAGAGAGUAUUAUAAACUGCAAAUUGAUAAAUUAAUUUCUGAAAAACACGUUUACCACAUAAGAAAUUCGGCCAUAGUAGCUGAUACCCAAAUAAUGAGUAUACAUUUAGAGACAAGUGAGUCUAAGAGAAGGCAGUGUGAGGAGGCCUUGCAGGAGUUGCGAAUGAGUUUUGCAGCACUUCAUGAGGAUCAAGAAGUACAGGAAGGAAAUUACAAAGCACAGCUCAGCACGAUUAGCGAGCAUCUUGCCAAUAUGAAUGACAAACUGAUCAGUCAAACCGAGGAGAUACAACAACUCAAGUUUGAGCUUGGAAAUAAACAUUUCAAAAUCUCAUUUAUUUGUAGAAUGCCAAAAGAGGCAAGCAGAAAUGAAGUUGGUGGAAUAGGGCUGAAGUCCGUCUUACAUUCCAUGGAUGAAAACCUUGCCUGGUAAUCUGUGUGAUUAAUAAUGAAAGAAAUUUCCAACAUUUAAUUUCAUGUAUAUACCUAUAUAUUUAUGAUGUUAUUUUGCAUAUUCAGUCUGUUUAUUUCUGUUUUACCGAUAAUAGUAAAGUAUCAACAUUCGUUAUUUAAUCAAGAUCAAAUAAAUAGAACUUGAAUUUUUGUUCAGUAAA